GUUUAUUUUUACUUAUUUAUUUUUCUAAAUGCAUAAAAUGUUUCGCGCUCCCAAAAUUAAUCCUAGCUUUCCGAUUAAACUUUAGAAGUGAGCCUAGCCAGCUAAGCGGCUAACUAGCGUGCUAUAAUGACAAGGUAUUAGUGUUGAGCCGUAGUCCGGGUUAACGUGAUCAAAUGUGUAUUUUAAUACACGCCCUAUUGUGGUAAUUUAGCAGAUUUUAGAAAACGGCUAUUGAAAUGGUGAACGUCAUGGAAUUCAAUGGCGGUAGCUGGGAUGUAGCGCUGGGGUUCGGGCUUUAGCAGCAUGGUAGGCCAUGUUGUUUCAUCGAGCUAAGAAUGUGUAACAAUUUUCAUCGUUAGCUAGCAUUAUCCUCACUGCUCACUGCUGGCUCGAGCAGAGUUAGCCAGAUUUAGGACAGCUAACAACAUGCUAUAUACAAACACAUUAGAUCAUUAAACUCUUCUUUUUCACCACAAAGGACAUGCGCUGCCAGUUAUGUAAGAUGGGGGACGCCUUUCCCGGGCUUUUUGCGAGAUUGUUCAGCAGCGGUUUAAGCCAUUUUAAUCGAAAUACGUUUUAAGCAUUCGGGAUAUUCGGUGUAGCUGAUUUGUAAACGGUUUGUUGGUGUGUAUUUAACGUCGUGUUUAACCGCAGUGUGUUUUCCACCUUACAACAACCGUGUUGUUUCAUGGCGGUAGCUGCGCUCGAGCUCGAGUUGCGUAGCUACAUUGCUGUUGUGAGGGCGGAAGCUAGCGGCGGCCAUUUUAGAGCUAGUUAGCUGUGUUCCAGUCUGAGCUGCACAAGAUGCCCACCGCGAAAGGCGUCGUAAUUCUCCGAAGAGGCUGAGUCACAAUUACUAGUGCACGGCCACUCCGAGACUGGAGCAGGACACCGACAAGACAAGAUUAAGCUAGAUCCUCCCGGCUCGGGCUGACCGAAAAGGUCCCAAGCAUUUUUGAUUCUGAGAAAGCGGUGCUCCUAGAGCAGCGCUAAGUUUCACUUGAACGGGAAGACGGAAGUCGUCAGGCUGGAGUGUGUCCUGAUGGCUGAGUCAGAGACUGAGUGUGACACACCAGGCCUUGACACGCUGGGGUCUGAGUGUGUCAUAACUCACACGCAAGUCGGUGACUUGCACUAUGCAGCGGAGACUGAGAUUAUGACCCAGGAGGAUAAGAGGCUUGACCUGGAAGCCAUUCAUGGUGAUCUUGGGGCUGUGGCUUGUGUUGACGCCGUAACGGAGACAGACCACGACUACACAAAGUCGGAAGUACAUGAUCCGCAAUACUUCGGAGGUGCAGACAUGAAAGGCAACGAGGCUCUGCUAGGUGAGGUGCUGCUGAAGACAGAGAUGGGUGGAGCCGGUGCAGAGCAUGUAGUGAAGGUUGAGUCAGAUCAUGGAGGAGAGCUGACGGUGGAGUCGGAGAAUGGUGUCAUCAUUCACGAAGCCCAGGGUCUUCAGUGCAACGAGUGCGGGGAGAUAUUCGGCAGCAUGACGGAUCUACAUCAACACUUCGAAUUGCAUAAAGCGACUCAUCCCUACAUUUGUAUCCAGUGUGGUGAGAGCUUUGCUGUGGAAACUAGUCUGAGAGGGCACAUGAAAAUACACAUGAAGGAGAAGGGCUAUGCCACCACUGGUGUGGAGAUGGUUGGUAAGGGGGUCAUUGAUGCAUUCAACCUUAAACCACAUCAGAUGAUGCACUCCCCUGAAAAGCCACACAGAUGCUCUGAAUGCGGGAAGAGCUUCGCUGCAGCCAUCACGCUCAGAGAGCAUAUGAAAAUGCAUUCUGAUGACAAACCCUACAAAUGUACUCAGUGCAGGAAGAGCUUUGUCCGCAGGCGCCACCUAAAGAAACAUCAGGAGCUGCAUGCUCGUGAGAAGCCAUUUACCUGCCCUCAGUGUGGAAAGGGCUUUGCAACUGCUUCUAAUUUGAAACAGCAUCAGAAGACCCAUGCUGGCGAAAAACCACAUCGAUGCUCCCAGUGUGGCAAGUGUUUUGCGGCAGCAGCCACUCUGAGAGAACACCAGCGAAUCCACUCUGGUGAGAAGCCCUACAAGUGUAACCAGUGCAGGAAGAGCUUCGUAAGAAAGCGCCACUUGAAGAAGCACCAGCUGGUGCACCAGGGUGGCAAGCCCUACCGAUGCUCUCAGUGCGACAAAGGAUUCAAUCACUCCUCAUCCCUGUCACGACACCACAAAGUCCAUCUGGAGGCCAAAAUGUAUGCCCAGCCUGAUAAGGAGUUCCCCUUUGACACUCCUAUGAAGAGGGGAAUGCUCACAGGCGAAAAGCCAUACAGCUGCAACCACUGUGAGAAGAGCUUCAAUCAUUCUUCAUCGCUGUCCAGACACCAGAGAACUCAUUCGGAUGGGAAAUCCUACACUUGUGCCCACUGUGGCAAGAGGUUUAAUCAUUCCUCUUCUCUUGCAAGACACCAACGUGUGCACUUGGAUGAGAAGACCCCAUAUAGUGCUAUUCCCACAGGAAAAGGAUUCCCCCCUACUACCAUCCUGAAACAGAGGAUUCUGCAGAGUGAGAAACCAUACAGGUGUUCUCAGUGUGGAAAAGGUUUCAAUCACUCCUCCUCCCUCUCAAGGCACCACAGGAUUCACGUUGAUCAGUAAUAUCACCAUUAAGGUGGCUGUGGUAUUUUACACUUUGUCCCAGCUUUGUUUCAGGCCAACCUCAAAUUAUUUUUGUCUUUAUAGAACUAGGCUAAAAUGAAAAUCUAAGGUUUAUUCUGGUUCUAUAGACAGAUAAAAUAAUCUUCUGGUUAAGUCAUUUAACUUUACAUGAUAAGGGCGAUGAAUUUCAAUAACUGGUAUGAUUGCUAUUGAGCUGCUCCUGUGCAAUGUGCAGAUCGAGCUUGCUGCCUUUCAUUUGCCAUCUGUAUGAUGUAGCAAUUUCAUGCUUAAUGACCAGGCUAGUUAUGCUCUCACUCAGACCCUUGGAAAGAAAUUGGGAUGGACAACAUCGGAGCCUGUUUUGAGCUUUAGACACAAUUGGUGACCAAGUAAAAAUUUCAGGAGAGAUCCACCGCCCACCCCCUAACAAAAUCUGUUUAAAUCUUUACCCGUCGUCUUAUUCAUGGCCUGUUAAGAUAUUAUCAUUUGUAAAUAAGUGUUGAUUUUUUUUAUAUACAUAUGUAUAGGUGCGUGUGCAGUUCUUUUACACAUUACACAGAAUUUUUGUAUGACCCGGUCUGUCUUAGCCGUCUUUAUUUCGAAAAUAGGAUGGUGCUUGAAAGUUUCACUGGCUCCAGGCAAAGGUGCACGUCCGCAUAAAAUUAGUUUCAAAGUUACUUCAACUUAAGUCACCAUUGCUUUCAGCAGCAAUUAAAAUCGGCUGUGUGGGGGUCAAAUUAACUGAACAGGAGAGUUCAACUGUAGCAUACUUUCAGUGACGAGCUUGCAGUCAGGCAGCUUCAUUCUAAAAUGAGCUGCGAGAGACUCGAGCUUCUUGGCAAAAUUCAGCCGUUCCUUUUGAAUUGUCUGACUUACUGACUGACUUCAGAAUACCUAGAUUGAUAAAUCAGUGUAUACUUACAAUUCAGUGUAAUUUGAUCUAAAUGUUCCCUCUGAAGCAUUUCUUAACUAGUUCCCUUUGGUACUAUACAACUUGUUACUAAUGGGUAAAUUGCAUAUUUGCGUUCAAACCUAACGUCAUUGCCGUAGAACUAGUUCAGACAUUCAUAUAUAUAUAAUCUGUAGUUAACUUAUAUUCUGGAUACAUGCAGCAGAUUAUCAAAAUUUAGUAUAAUAGAUUGUGUGUAAUUAUCAGUACAAUAAAAAAUAGCUUGCUCUUGGUUCUUUCUUUCAGAAUUCCACGAAGAUACACUUUCUACUUAAAGUACUGUGUAUGGGGGAAGAUCUUUUACAUACUGAUGUAUUUUUUUAAAUAUGGUUUGGGUAAUCUGAAAGGGAAAAGAGGAAUACUGUUUUUAUGGGGGUGAACAUUAUAUUGAACAUUUUUCUUUCUUUCUGAAUAAUUGUGCUUCAACUCAUAGCAUAGGCUUUUUUCCAUUGUUAGAUAGGUGCCUUAUUGCAUGCUGUGUAGAAAUGUAUGUUGAGCUGUAAUAGAAGAAAAAAAAAAGGUUUGGCUCUUCUCCCUAUGUUUGCAUACUAACCAACAUAUUUUACUUUUGACCUUAGGUAAAUUCUGUUUCCUUUUCUGUAUAUGAAUAUAUGUUUAUGCUGUUACUGCUGUCUUUUAAUUUCCCUGUCCAUCAGCUGGUCUCAUUGUAGAAAAACGAAAGGUUUAAGAAAAAAAAAAAAGAGAAGUUACAAAACCUUUGAUCCAUAUUUUGAUUGCCCUCAUAAGUGGUCAGAUCUUGUUCCAUGUCUUUACUCCAUCUUUGAGUGGCACACAUGGAUAAAUAAAGGUUCUUGACUACC